GUCAGAUUUCGAGAUUGAUUGACUGUAGAGAGCAUAUAAAAGUCUUGCGGGACAUAUUGCGAAGCAAUUGUUGUUGAAAUAGUAGAACAAUGAGGAUAGCAAGUGCGGUAUUAGUUUUGUGUUGCCUAGCCCUAGCAAGUGGUCAUCAUUGGCCGAAUUUUUGGGGUGGAAGGACAGGAAUUGUGCAUUUGUUUGAAUGGAAGUUCAAGGACGUAGCUGACGAAUGUGAACGUUUCCUGGCUCCAAAAGGCUACGCUGGAGUACAAUUAUCUCCUGUUAAUGAAAAUGUAAUCAUUCCUAACCGACCAUGGUGGGAGCGCUAUCAACCAAUCUCAUACGUCCUUACUACAAGAUCUGGAAAUGAGAAUGAUUUUCUGGAUAUGUCGAGGAGAUGCAAUGCUGUUGGUAUUCGGAUCUACAUCGAUGUCCUUCUCAAUCACAUGUCAGCAGAUAAUCAUCCUUCAGAUGGAACUGCUGGGAACUGGGCAGAUACGUCUCAGCGGUGGUGGCCAGCUGUUCCAUUCGGUCCCAAUGACUUCAAUCCACGAUGCAGCAUCUACAAUUGGGACGAUCCUGUAGAGAUCAGAAAUUGUGAAUUGGUUGGAUUGCAUGAUCUCAAUCAGGGCUCUGAACAUGUUCGUAGUAUGUUGGUUAACUUCCUGAAUCAUUUGGUUCAGUUGGGUGCUGCUGGUUUUCGUGUGGAUGCAGCUAAGCAUGUCUGGCCUCAUGAUCUCGAAGAGAUCUACAACAGAGUGAACAACCUGAACACAGAUUUCGGUUUUGCUCCUGGAAGUCGACCAUACAUCUACCAAGAAGUCAUUGAUCUUGGUGGUCGACCUUUCCGCCAUGAAUACACACCAUUGGGUGCUAUUACAGAAUUCAGGUUCUCUGCUGAGAUUGGUAGGGUCUUCCGCGGAUACGACCAACUGAGGUGGUUGCGAAAUUGGGGACCUGAAUGGGGAUUUGUUGAUUCAAGAGUAGCUUUGGUAUUUGUGGACAAUCAUGACAACCAACGAGGUCAUGGUGCUGGUGGUGAAAAUGUUCUGACCUACAAACAACCCAGGCAAUACAAAAUGGCAACGGCUUUCACUCUGGCCUGGGACUACGGUACGGUUCGCCUUAUGUCGUCUUUCGCGUUUAAUCAUGGAGAUCAAGGACCUCCUCAGGAUGCCAAUGAAAAUAUUAUUUCCCCAUCUAUCAAUCCCGAUAAUACUUGUGGCAAUGGUUGGGUGUGUGAACAUCGGUGGAGACAGAUCUACAAUAUGAUUGGUUUCGCUAAUCAAGUUCAAGGUACCGGAGUUAAUGACUUCUGGGACAAUGGUGGAAAUCAAAUUGCUUUCUGUCGUGGGGAUCAAGGUUUUAUUGCCUUCAACAAUGAUCAGCACAACUUUAGCCACACUUUGCAAACUUGCCUGCCGUCCGGAACAUAUUGUGAUAUCAUUUCCGGUGAAAAUACCGGACAAGGUUGUUCAGGCCUCACAAUCACAGUCAAUUGGGAUCAGACAGCACACAUUGUUAUCCCCGUUGAUCACUACGAUGGCGUGAUUGCUAUUCAUCGUGGUGCAGCAUCCAGGCUUAAUUAGCUUCUUCAAGACAGGACCAUGCAUCAGCAAACCAUCCAAUCUAUUUCUCGAUACAUAUUUCUGAAUUUGCUUAUCCAAAAAUCUGCACAGUCCUUUGAGCAGAAAAUUGCACUGAAUACAACUCCACUUGGAUUUUGAAGUCUGAAAUUAUAAGAUCAAUAAAAAGUGGUCUGCAGUAAA